AUGGAAAAGGCUAGUUUUGAAAAUAGUCCCCAGGCGGGUCCCCGAAAGGGGGAAUCCCGCCCAUCCGCUUCGGCGGGUGGCAGCCCCUCGUACUCUGGGGGGGGCAAAAACUGCCUCGUGAGUCGGCCGGAAGCCGACUCUCGUGAACACAACAUGCGCACACGCUCAAUGGACUCCGAUUUAGCAAACAUUAGGACUAUACUUAGAAACAAUGGUUCGAAGGCCUCCAAUAUGGAGGUGAGGAUUCUCUCCGACUGUGAGUCGGAGGGUGAGAGGAUGGUCUCGGCCUCCUCAGACGUAGAAUCCACCCUCUCGGAGGGGAAUUCACGCGCGGUAUCGCGCUCCGGGUCGGCCAGAGAGGAGGAAUCCUCAAGGGCCCCCAAGCGCGCCGCCCCCCCGUCGAACGAAUCUAUGGAGCCCGAAAGGGCUCCAAAGAUUAACACGGCCCGUAGGGGCAGAACUAGAGGCCCCGGGAAGCCCUUCCCCGGUGCGGCGACGGCAGGGAGGGGGCGCUCCAGCUCGUCAGAGUGGAACGCCCUCCAGAACGAAGCGGACGCCGCCUUCUUCAAGGAGGCCCUGGGUCGGGAUCAGGCCGGGGAGGCUGAACCCGAUGGCACGGCGGGCCUCAUGCGAGAGACCCUGGCCCAGGAGGCACGAGACGGCCUCGCAGCAAUAUUGGCGGAGACCGCCAAGUCCUCUAACCUCAAGGGGACGGUGGUCAAAGCCAUAAAAGAGGCCGUCAGAAAGGUAGAAGGAGCCGUCGAUUUCCUUCACCGUGGAGAGACGGCGACGGAGGCGGCGCGGCGGAUGUCGGAAGACAACCGCCGGAUGAGGGGACAGCUCGCUGCCCUGGAGACGGAGAUGAAGGCCCUGAGAGGGGCCUACUCCUCUGCCAUGGCCAAGGCCAAGGCACAGGUGGCCCCACCGCCGCGUAGCUCCGCGGAGAUGCACGCGGGAGUGAGGGAGGCCAUCGACGAUCUCAGGCGGGACAUCUUCUCCUCGAUGAGGAAUAUGAUGGACGCCCGCCUGGGGGAUAUCGAAAGACGCCUCCCCGCGGAGUACCUACGCCCCCCUCUGGGCGGCAGAACAGGGGCACCCGCCCCCGAGGCGACGCCUGCCGCCAUCGCCGUCGCCACAGCCGCCCCGAGGUUGCUUCCGUCCGCCGCGGCCCCCGAGUCGACACCGGGCCCCUCCCUGGCCCGAAAGGCGCCUGCUGGCCAGCGGCCCAACAAGAAGGCCAAGAGGAAGGCUCCCCCGCCGAAGGCUACUGCCACCCCUCCUGCGGCACUUCCCGCCAUUCUCGCCGUCCCUACCGCCCCUGACGCGGCAGCCUCCACGCCGACUGACCAGGCGGAAACGCCCUGGUCACAGGUAGUCGGUCGCAAGGCCAGAAAGGCCAAAACGGCAACUGCCGCCCCCCAAGCGGCACGGGCCCCCGCCAAGGCGGCCCCCAAGACGGCGCCCAGACCCAGGGCUCUCGCCACCCCGAAAUCAUCGGCGGUGGUGAUCACGCUGAGGCCCGAAGCGGUGGCGGAAAAGGGGGCCACCUAUAAGGGGACAGGUGCCCGCAUAGUCGAGGUGCCCGGGGCGACUAGCGCCGAGAAGGCCGACACCCUGGCGGCCAAGCUGGAGGAGGUGAUCGGGGGGCUGGCGACAGUAACGCGGCCUACCAAAACCGCCGAUCUAAGGGUCACCGGCCUUGACGAGUCGGUGACCCCGGAGAAGAUCCAGGCGGUGGUGGCUGCGAAAGGCCAAUGCCCCCAGUCCGCCGUGAGCGUGGGAGCCAUCAGGCUGGCCCCCAACGGGAGAGGGUCAGCCAUCGUCCGCUGUCCGGUGACGGCAGCCCAACGGGUGGCGGCUGCCGGCCGCAUGUUGGUGGGGUGGUCCUCCGCCGGGGUCCAUGUGAUGGAGCCCCUCCCCAUGCGCUGCUUCAGGUGCAUGGGGAUUGGCCACACCAGAGCCCUCUUCCCGUCCAGUGUGGAUAGGAGUGGGCUCUGCUUCAGGUGUGGCCAGGUCGGACACUCGGCCUCUGGGUGCACGGCAACCCCGCGGUGCUCGGUAUGCACCGCGGCUCGCCGUCCAGCGGACCACGUAAUGGGGGGGCGAUCUUGCGCUCCCCCUCCCACUAAGGGCAAGCCGGCGGGGACCUCAGGCUCCCCCCCUAUUGAGGGACAAAGUAUGGAGCAGUAA